ACCGCCUCCUCAGACACAUCUGGCAAAACAAGAGGAAAAACUGGGGUUACUGUGAACCAACUCCCAACAGAUAACGAUAUACUUUUCCAGAACACAGAUCCCUCCUCCAAGAUGCAGUUAAGUUCCUCCUAUUUUCAUCCAGCCACAAACUGGCUGUUCACACAGAGACUGAGCUCAAACACAGCUGCCAAAGAGACCCAUCUUCAUCUCCACAUGCAGCACAAACACACCAUCUGGAUUCCCUAAAACUCCCAGUCGACAGUGAAGAACGGCUUUAUCAUGGAGAACAGCUUAAACCAAGAAGCAGAGGAAAAUCCCUACCUGUGUUUUCAGAGAACACCAUCUCUCAGACGUAAAUGGAGAAAGCGCUAUGGAGGCCUGGAUGGAAACAAACUGCUGGAGCCGAAUAAAGAGGACGACACAAGAGAGAUUGGAGAGCUGACGGAGCCACUGAAGUUGAAGGAAACUAAAUCCGCAGGGAACAUUCCUCAACAUGUGCCAAGAAAUACCUUUCCACAGCAGAGGCCAGUCAAUUACGUCUCACCAGGCUCUACAGGCAUGCCAUCUUUUAUAAGCAAUGGGGGCACAAAACGGACUGUUCCAGAGCAUGAAAAACUUCAUGCCGGCCAAGCGUGGCAACACUUGGGCCGACAAGACACCCAUCAAGGACAUUUUAAGAAAAAAGUGGCUGCUGAUGUGCUGUUUGAUAGUUUCGCCUCUGGAGGAAGAGUUAACUGCAAUCAGUUUUUUGAGGCCCUGUGGAGCUCAGGGAUUAUCCGAACAGAUCCACGGAUUAAAGACUGCUACAGCCUGAUGAGAAAACUUCAGGAAGCGGAUGGAACGGUUGACAGGAGCAUGUUUCACAGGUGCGUGACAGGCUUUGUGUCGUUCAUCCUGAAGGCACUGCAGGGGCGAUUUGUCAUUCCUGAUUUCUCGACUUUUGCAGAGGAAACACAAAAGCUGUUUAUUAAAUGCAAACAACUGUCCUCUGUGAAGGAGAAAGAAGAUGUAGGAGACAGUGGCACAAAAUGGGGCAUUUCGGUGUGUACUGUAGAUGGGCAAAGACUUUCUUUAGGAGACUGGGCUGAACCUUGCACUCUGGGAGAAAUUUCCUGGCCUCUUAUAUACGGCCUGGCAGUGGAUCAGCAGGGCUCAGACUACGUGCACAGAUAUGUGGGAAUGGAGGAAUAUUCCAAAUACGAGUCUCUGUUCACCCUGACCAAACAAGGUGUUCCUCAUAGUCCGCUGGUUGAGACAGGAGCAAUUAUCUGUACUUCUUUAUUACAGCUAGCAACAAGACCAGUCACUGAUGAGGAGGAAAAGUAUGAGUCUGUUUUGAAUAUAAUCCGAAGACUGUGCAACAAGGAGCACGUAAACCUCAACUGCACCAGUUAUCAAGACCUGCGAAAAGACAUCGUCCGUCUCCACGCUCUUUCAUUUUACUUGCAGGAAAAGAAAUGCUUUCCAGAAGGUGUGGGGAUCAAUGCAACGCUGGAUUUACUGUUGCAGUGUUUAUCAACAGAAGUCACAUGCGAGUCUGGUGCAGCUUUGGCAGCAACGCUUGCUAACGGAGGCCUGUGCCCGCUAUCUGGUGACCAAGUGAUGUCACCCCAUGCCGUCCGCAGUACCCUGACCAUGAUGCAGGUGGCUGGCAUGAAUGAUUAUUCCAGAGCGUUUCAUUUCAGGGUGUCUGUCCCUGCCAAGUCCAGUCAGUCUGGUGUUGUGCUGAUGGUGGUUCCUGCAGUUCUGGGACUCAUGUGUUGGUCACCUGGACUGGAUUGCAAUGGAAAUUCCUGGAGGAGUGUUCAUUUCUGUGAGGAGCUGGUUUCAACCUUCCAGCUGCACAGUUUUGACAUCAGGACUCCCUUCAGGCAGGUGCUGUGUUACAGACAGUGGAAGGUGGAGUCAGAGGGGUACCAGAUCAUGAAUGUACUGCUGGCUGCUUAUAGAGGGGACCUGGUAUCUUUGCGCAGGUACCUUCUGUCAGGAGCAGAUGUGAAUGCAGUGGAUUAUGAUGGACGUUCAGCACUGCAUGUCGCUGCCUCUGAGGGCCGUCUGGAUGUCAUCAGGUUCCUGGUGGAAAAUGCAGGAGCAAACUGUCAUCUGAAGGACAGGUGGGGAAAGACUGCCUUACAGGAGGCCAUGAGAUGCAAUCAAGACCCUGCCAUCCAGUUUCUAAAGAAGCACACAGAUAAUGAAGAGAGUUUAUGAUGACAUACUCAGAACCCACUAAGUGCAUUUAUUUAAAGAUUUGAUAUUUACAUUUGAGAUAUGAAGAAUGUUAUAAAAAAGCACCAGAGGCUUGGAUGGAAAAUAUUAGUGUGUUGGCAAAAGUCCCAGAAAGCCACUCACUGCUUAUUAAGAAUCACAAAAAGAGAUUGAAACCGUGGUUUCUCAAUAAAUGCUUCAACAGCAUGUGUUUACUCA